UGUGUGAGUGUGUGUGUCUGUGUGUGUCUGUGCUGUCGACGUGAGACAAACCCAGCCAGUCAGUGUGUUUCCAGCUGUUUGUGUGCAGCUGCUGUGCGCGCGCUGCAACAACAGGCUCAUCCAGCUGUGGACGCUCAGCCGCUGGGUGUCUGCCUCAGCCGGGGGGAGGCCGGAGUGGGCUGGUCCGCUCGUGUUUUCCGGAAGAGAGGGUGUGAAACAUGGGACAGCACCUCAGCAGCUGAUCCCACCGCACGCCUCGCGGAGGAAGUCAGUGCUCUGAUGCGUGUGAGUGAGUGUUGAGCAGUGGGGGCUGUGAGUGUGUGUGUGUGUAUGUGUGCGCGCAGAGAGGGAAUCCACAACCUUGUCACCGAGCGGGACAUCCCUCCCCAUCCCUGUGACCGGAGCGAUCAAAAGGGGUUCGAACACACCACAGCACUCGUCUCUGGCUCUGGUGGGACCCUGAACAUUCUGACCAUAGGCCAACCAAUGUCACGUUGAUGCUGGUGGGCAACCCCCAGUAUUCGCUCUGCCACCUGCUCCUGCACUGCUCCCAUCUUCCCACUGGCCAUGGCUACGAGCAGUGACCCUGGCUGCGAGAGGCUCGACCCUGACUGCGCCGAACAGGCCGCCAGUCUCACGGACAUCAUGGCUGCCAUGACGACGAAAGAUUCAGACGGUUCAACUGCCAACGGUGUUAGAAAUGGUGGGGCUCAGCACGAGGGGGCUCAGGCCAAGAGGUCUCAUCCCCCUCACCUGACUGGAAGGAAGCUGUCGCUGCAGGAGAGGGGCACUUACCUUUCAUCAGGCUCUGCAGGAGGCUACACACACACCUCUCCUCGUGUGGUUCGCAGGCCCACGGUGGAAUCCAAACGUGUGUCCAUAUCUGACUCUCAGGACUGCAUCCAGUUGAACCAGUAUAAACUGAAGAGUGAGAUUGGAAAGGGCUCCUACGGUGUGGUCAAACUCGCUUACAACGAGGACGAUGACAAACAUUAUGCCAUGAAGGUGGUGUCCAAGAAGAAGUUAAUGAAGCAGUGUGGUUUUCCACGUCGCCCACCCCCAAGAGGACCCAAGGCAGCCCAAGGGGAGCAGCCCAAAAUCUUAGGACCCCUGGAGAGGGUCUACCAAGAGAUCGCCAUCCUUAAAAAACUGGACCACAUCAACAUUGUCAAGCUGGUGGAGGUGCUGGAUGAUCCUGCAGAAGACAACCUUCACAUGGUGUUUGAGCUGAUGCGUAAGGGUCCAGUGAUGGAAGUGCCCACAGACGAUGCUUUUUCAGAGGAGCAGGCGAGGUUAUACUUCAGAGACAUCAUCCUGGGUAUAGAGUACUUGCACUAUCAGAAGAUUGUCCACAGGGACAUCAAGCCCUCCAACUUGUUACUGGGGGACGACGGCCAUGUGAAGAUAGCAGACUUUGGGGUUAGCAACCAGUUUGAGGGCAACGAUGCUUUGCUGUCCAGUACGGCCGGCACUCCAGCCUUUAUGGCCCCAGAGACUCUGUCAGACCAGCGCAAGAGCUUCAGUGGAAAAGCUCUGGACGUGUGGGCCAUGGGAGUCACUCUCUACUGUUUCGUCUUCGGAAAGUGCCCGUUUAUUGACGAGUACAUAUUGGCCUUGCACAACAAGAUAAGGUCCAAGCCUGUGGAUUUCCCAGAAGUACCAAAGAUCAGUGAAGAGCUGCGGACUCUGAUCUUGCGGAUGCUGGACAAGAACCCAGACACCAGGAUCACCAUCCCUGAGAUCAAGAUGGACCAGUGGGUGACCCAGGGAGGCAGUGACCCCUUGCCUCUGGAGGAGGAGCACUGCUCUGUGGUGGAGGUGACGGAGGAAGACAUCCAGAAUUCAGUCAAGUUUGUCCCCAGCCUCUCUGCAGUGAUUCUGGUAAAGGCCAUGCUGAGGAAGCGCUCCUUCAGCAACCCCUUCGAAUGCCCGAGCAGGAGAGAGGAGAGGUCCAUGUCUGCACCUGGCAGUCUGCUCAUAAAGGGAAGCACAGGAGACGGACCCAGAGAGGGAGAGCUGGAGGACCUGCAUGAGGACGAGCCCUCGUCUUGAGUCUGCCAUCCACAGAACUCCGUCCUCUUUACAUCCCUGUGCUUGAACCACUGUGCGCUCACCUCUCACACUCAGGCUUGCUUUCGUUUUUUUGCUUCCAGUCGAUCCUUUCUUAUUCCCCCAAUUCCCUUCUUCACUGAGGAGUCGCCCGGCACUUAGUUUGAUCGUCUCACCUGCUCAACCACAGACACGAGGAAGUGGCAUCAAUGAACCAAUGAGAGGAGCUCUGACAAUUUUCUGGAUCAAAUUAUUGUUGCAAAAAAAGACAAGGAAAUGUUUGAAUUUGCAUAACACUGUUUUGUGCAAGGAGGGGGGGACUUUUUAACUGUAUGCAUGGUGAAUAUUGAAUAUUUACGCCCCAUCAGUCAUAUUCAACCCGAUGAAGAGAUGAGAAAGGCAGCAAAGACUUCAGCAUGUAAAUGACACUAUAUUAGGGCUUUUGAUUUCUGAUCAGUGAUCAGUCAUUUUUAAUAUUGUACAAAGAUGUCUUAAAGUAACUUCAGUGUUAUCGUCUCACACCCUCGUUGUGUAUGUGCCAUCUGUAGCUUUCAUUUCGAAGGCGGAGGUAAUUCCUGUGCUGCCUUCACAGUCCUGGUUGGACGUCAGUGUGAUGUUUCGAUGUGUGUAACUAAUAAUAUUUUAAUUAUCUGAUUAUGAUUUUUUUUUCAAAUCUAUUGUUUGAUGUUUGUUCUCGAACACUCAUCAUUUCCAAUCACAUGGAAUUAAAUCAACCUGUGCAGCAUCAUCCAGGUGAGGUGACAGAAAUAUUUAGGGUGGGUGAGGUCAUUAAUGUUAAUGUGGGGAGGGUGGUCACAGUUUAGAAGGGUCUCCUUUUAUUAAUAAUACCCCAAAUACAGUAUACUCUGUCAGCUCUUUGUGAGAAUGAUUUUUAGAGAUUUAAUCAAAUAGUCAUUAUUAUGGCAUUAUUGUUCCAUAAAUAUAUUUCUAUUGUUUAAAUGAGAUCACACUUUAUUCUAUUUAUUAUUUGUUAGUUAACGGUUGUAUCAACCCAGUACUAUACAAUGUGUUGGUGGAGGGUGCUGCAGGUUUCAUUUGUCUUAGUUGGGGUCCACACAACAAGGCUGGGGACAGUUUUAAGAUGUGACCCCCCCUCCCCCACUCUGGUAAUUGUUGCACAAUCCCUUAUUAGGGUUAGGGUCAGUCAAGUUUGUAGAGCUGGGAAAUAUUGGGCUAAUGGGGUAGUUUCCUCAUUCAAGCCCUUUGUUUGCUAUUCAAGUUGGUUGGCUAACUUUAAGGGUUAGUUGUGGUUGUUUUUUCUGAGCAGACUCGACCCAGCUGAGAACAGCUCUGCCUCCACAGCAGCUCUGCCUCAGAUAACCUCAGAUUUAUAUUAUUUAUAUAACGCUGUUCGUCCUCUUUUUUUUUUUUUUUGCUGCUCUGGCACUUUGCCCCCUGUGGGGAAAAGGAAGCCAGAGUUUGUCUCUAAACACUUGAACUACAGUGAGAAAGGAGCUUCUCAAUGUUAUGAUGAGGUCCAGGCUGCCAACAAUAACAGCAGCAACAAGCUGAACAGAAACAGGCAGCACAGCGCCUCACCAUUCUCUUAGCCUUGUUCUCGGUAUUAUCCAGUGAAGGACAUUAACUGAAGUGCAGAGGAUAGAGAUGGUGUGGAGCGAUCUGAAUGGAAAACGUGUUUCACAUGAAGUUAGCGUCAGUGUUUCUGGGUUUUUGACGUAAUUCACAAAAAUCGACUUUAUUAUCAUGUGGCUCCUGGGGAAUGUAGAUCUUUAUAUCAUUUUUUACUCUUUCAGGAAAACAGUUGAUGCAUGAAUAUCAUUGUCUAAAAUGUCUUUGUGUGACUUUGUGUCUACGGAUUGUGCUCCUCUUUUGUGUUUUCCUGUCUGUGUUGAGGGUCAGGUGUAGUAAGUGACAGCGGGGGGGGGGGUUUGCAGAGUAACCUUCAAUGAAGGGCUGAACGAACCAAAAAGUAAAAAAUGUUGAAAUAUUCCAUUUUAUUUCCUUUACUACUGUGUAACACUCAUAAUUUUUUUUCUUGCUGUGUCCAGCUUUACACUGUGUGUUGGAGGACUCUUUUGUGCAUGUUUUAGUUGUUCUUGCUAAAACAUCACUGAUAUUUAAAUGCUUGCACUUUUCCCACUUACACAUACAUAUUGAAAUUACUGCUUCUACUGGCACCUGCCAGCCACGACACACUGUACAGUUAUCAAUCCAGAGAAAAAACUGUGUUCAUCUGUAAAAGACCAUAUUUACUGUGUUUGUAUGCUCUCAUAAUCUCCUGUGCUCUUUGAUGCUUUACUCUCUGCAUGUCACAGAGCUGCUGCUUGCUUUUUGAGAAUUUUUACAAAAUGAAGCUCAAAAUAUGUUUCCGAAACGUCUUCUCCUGCUUGAGAUGAUGAAACAGCUGCAGCAACUCGACUGGUUUUGAAUAAGCUGGUUUUGGUUUGCAUAUCUACAUGAUGACAGACUUGUGAAAGGUGUACAACUCUGGAGCUCUCUGGGUUUAACUUCUGAAAUGAUGCAUAACGCCAAAGUACCGUAUGAGCCAGGUUCAGAGCUCAGGAGCAGCUUCGACAGUCUCUUCAAUCACCCAGCCAACAAUUAUCUUAUCAUAUAUUAAUACCUCAAAUAUCAUGAAUUUUAAGGAAAUUUAAACAAGAUGACAAUGAUUUUUUUCACCAUUUAUGUUUAUGUUUCAUUCAUCCCUGAACUGAAAUAUAUGAGCAAAAAGGUUUUCACCUUAAGAUCUGUCCUGCCUUUUUUUAUAUAACAUAUCGGAUUGAACCUGAAUAGCUGUUAGCCAAACAAAAGCUGAAGGGGGUGUUUUUGUGAGUUUUUUUUAUAGGAACACCAUCCAUGCGUCCAGAACCACUUUUAGAUAUCUUCUUCCAGUCAUGAUUUAAAAAGUAUAGCUGAUCCUGGUACAAUCCAUAACACUUUCUCAUCUUGGUUGUUUUUUUUAAAACUCCCUCUUCAUUAAUUUUGCUGCAGGUCCCUGGGUAGAGAAAACAGUCUUAAACAUGUAGGGGACUGCAGCUUUGCCAGAAGUCGCUCACAUGAAAUUCCCUAUAGCUUAGUGCAGCGACAGCAGUGAGGCACUAAGUGAAUGCCUAAUUUCUCAUGAUUUCGGGUGACAGAGGACUGUGGGAGAGCGAGUGAGCACAUGAAGUCAGGGGCCGUUCGAGUGGCUGCUGUGUAUCUUAUGUAACUGUCCUGAUAUCUGUGUUGAAGGUGUUGUUAACGUUUCUGGAUGUUUCAGUCUUGUGUGCUCCUCUGAAUGUGCUCACCCGCCUGCAUAGGUCAGUCGUAUGAAAACAGACGCAUGGCACAUCCCUAUGGAAUGCAGUUUUUGCAAUGUAAAUAUGUACCAAUAUAUAUAUAAAGAAGCAAUUUUUUGCUUGCUUUUAUACACCUACACAUAAUCAUAGACAAUAA